AUGGACAACAAAAAGAGACCAGCAGGUCCCUCCAGCUCUGGAAGUUUAGUAUUUUGGUCCUUAUUCUCACGGCAACCAGCCAGGGUCUUAAUUGUAGACGCACUGCCACCCUGGUGGUCAGGGAUGUGCACAGUUCUUUGUGACGCUCUGGAUAACGUCCUGUCUGUGGCAUGCAGUCUGGAUGGACCCUGUAGGAUUCCACUCCUCAGCUUAUAUGCCAUCAGCAGACAGCAGGAGUGUCUACUACCCUUUGUGCAAGUUCGAGGUAAUCUGGCCCGGCUGCAUUCCUGCGUUGAAGAACUGAGGUCCAUUCCAGGUGAUGGCUGUGUCAGAGGAGCAGCCAGAGGAGGUGAUCUGCUGCGACAGGCGGUGCUGGACAGUCUGCAGCAGUUUAAACAAUACAUGAGACAUGCUAGCACUGGCAGCCAGGCCUGCAGCAAUGCAUAUAUGGAGGUUACCGUGGUGACGAGUCAGCCGGGACGUGGCGUUGUCCAUCAGCUGGAAACCGGGCUCAAGGAUUUUGACCUGGUGUCACUGAGGCGACUCCUGGUUGUUCAGAUCCUUGGUGCAGGGGACUGGGGCCAGGACCCUCACCCCUCUGAAGAUGCACAGACCGAAGGUACAGACUCUUUAAUGCUGGGGACAGAGGUCGACCUGCAGCAGGUAGAGAACAGCGUGUUCGCCGUGGAGACCGUGUUGAAGGCGUGGCUUCAGGAGCAGGGAGGAGACCGAGAGCAUCUGCACCUCCUGCUGCCAAGCCCUUCUGAUUCUCUAGUUCCAGUGUGUGUGAAGUGUGACAUGCAGGAGCGUCUGAUAAGCCCCGCCCUCAUCCCGCUGAGCCCCAGCCUGGGCGUGAAGACUGAGAGCCUUCGAGACUUCCUGCCUGUCAUUAAGAGCAACCAAACUCCAGCUCCUCAGAGGCUGAGGGCCAUCAAGGUGCUGCACGCAGACGGAGUGUGUGAAAGCGUUUUGUACGGCCUGCCCCUGGUGGUCCGCCCCACCACCUGCUGGCAGCUGGACUGGGACGAGAUGGAGAGCAACAGCAGCUUGUUUCAAGCUCUCUGCCACACACUCAGGAGUCGAGACUUGUUCCUGCUGCUGAAGGUGGAGGCUGAUAAGAGGUCCACAUCUGGAUCCUCAGGAGUGUGUUCUUACUACGUCCUCCAGUCGUCCCCGUCCCUCUCCCUCCUCCUGAAGCCUGUUGUCUCCAGGGAACUCCUGCUGCCUUGCUCACUGCCAGUCUCAGCUCAGGACCCUGCACCUCACGCCAUGCAGACUGUUCAGGGUUGUCUCUCUCAGAUGGAGGAGGACUUUGUGCUGAACCCUCUUUUACUGAGCAGUAACCUGUACCAGCACCUCAGGAGCAGAGGCCUGCUGUCGCAGCCGCGAUAUCCGUACAGGCUCCAGUCAGCAGCUGCCAACAGAGCGCAGCCUCAGACACUGCAGAGCCCUAAAAACGCAGUGAGCCGACCCCCACGGCAGCUCCAAAGCCGCCAGCUCGAAUCCCACAGCAAGGUCAGGGCCACCGUGGCUCCGCUGCCCUCCGCCGCCUCCUCCUCCUCCUCCUCCCUGGGACCUCCUCCCUCUAAGGCCUCCCGUCCCGCUCUGAGCUUCCUCAGCAGCAGCCGCCGGGCCCCGACCCCAGCCCGGCAGGAAGAAGACAAGGAUGACAGUGACUCUAAGAGCACAGCGAGAGAGAGCAGACAGACUGAUGCUACGGUUACUGAGCCCCGGGGGCGACUGGCCAUCAGGAGCACCGGGACAUUUCCUGGUGGCCUGGCCCGCUCAGUGAUCGCCAUGGGGGACUAA